CCCGCGCCGCUUCCUCCGCCGCCCCCCGGUGACGAGCUGGGUCAGUCGGAUGCCCCCCUCGACUUUGGGGCAGGGCACGAGGCGGCUGCCGCGUGGGGGGGCCAGUAUCCACACUAUCAGCGGCCCAUGGCGGGACCAGAGUCUUGUCCUGAGGGAUACGAUGGCAACGCAGCUUAUUACCAAGAUCCAAAACCCGGCUUGCCCGAAGACGAAGAAGCCGGUAACUCGGCCAUGUUUGAUGAUGAAGCGUUCAUGCGGCUUCAGGGCAAAAGGAACCGAGGGAAAGAGGAAGUGAAGUUCCUGGAAAUUAAGGGCGACGACCAGCUGAGUGGCCACCAACAGUGGAUCACCAAAAGCAUGUCGGAGGAGAAGCAGACCCGCGGGUCUUUCAGCAAGAAAAGGGGAGGAAUGCCCACAGGACAACAGAGGCGCAAGCACCAGAUUACAUAUCUCAUCCACCAGGCGAAGGAACGUGAGCUGGAGCUGAAGAACAGCUGGGCAGAAAACCGGAUGACCCGCCGGCAGACCCGGGCCAAAUACGGCUUCUAAGCACCAUGCCCUUUGGGAGUCUGGCAUGAAGGAGACCGGCGCUUUCUGUAGAUU